GCAUUUUGGUGUCGUAGCCUGUAAUACCGACAGCACGUUUUUCAAAUAAUUUCAAACAAAAGUCAAUUUAAACCGUUUAAUUCUGUGACCGUUUAAUAACGAGCAUAGAAACAACGAGUUUUUAUCAUCGUUUCGUUGGUUUGUUAUUCUGUAGUUUUAAUCGUCAAAGAAAAUGGAACAAGGACCUAGGGCCUGUGCUAGGACCUCGGGGCAUGUUUGUUCGGUACCAGGGUGUACCAACAAGCAUGCACCCAUGUUCAGGUUUCCCAACCCUAAGAGAGGGUUGGACAUCUGUUUGAGAUGGAAGCAGGCCGUCAAUAAUCCAAAGUGGCCUGAAAUGUCGGACUGUCGUCUCAACAGAAUUGCGCGUGUUUGUUAUAAACAUUUUAUAGAUGACGAUUUCCUGUCCGGGACCAGACGUUUAACCCGUUUUGCUGUUCCUUCCCUCAACUUACCAACAGGUCGUCGGGACAGUACACCAAGUCCAAGACCGUUGGAGUUGGGGCAGUCAUCUCCAUCCGAGGUGUCACUUCAACCCAAGUUUGUCACUCCCACAAAAGAGUUUCCUUUUUGGCUAGGAGCAGUGGGAGUGACACCCAGGAAGAGAGAGACACCUAUGAAAGGAGAUGUACCUGCAAAACGGGUUAAAAUGUCAUUAUAUCCGGAACCGGACCAAAAUAUUGUAGCAGUGGGUGAAGCAGGGGAAGGUGUUCGUUUUUUGAUGGGUGACGGAGGUAUUAAGAGUAAAAGUUGAAAAGUAGUAAGCAUGCAGUCAGUAGCACUUCUCAGUAUUAUUAUAAUGUUCUUAGUGCACUCUAUAAGUC